UUCCAAUAUUUAUUUCCUACGCCUUAAAAGACGAAGCUUAUUAAAAUUGUGCUCUUUACGAAUAAUUCUUUAAAUUAACAAGUGAUCGAAUAAUCGAAUUUCUGGCGGCAAUUGUUUAUGAAAUCGUGCAUAUGUGUGUAUAUAUAACAAAUACUUGCGAACAGUUUAACUUUAUUGAAGAAAUGUACGAGUAUUUCUUUUAUAAAAAGGCAGUCAAAAGCAGCAAAAAUACCAAGGUCAACGCUUGCUUCAAGUUUUUCUGCCACAACUAUAAAGAGUAAUCUAUUUCAUUUAUAAAUAAGCCGGCAAAAUAAGCUAAAAUGUCAAGGCUUGCUUAAAGUUCCGCUGCGACAACUAUAAAGAAUUUUUUCAACAUCGAUACUUUAAAUAUAAUCAAAAUUAUAUAAUAAGCUGCUUUGCUGCUUCGGAAGUGCGGCCGCCGACUGACAGUAUUAUCUUGUGCGACUGUUGGCAGAAUUCUGUCGCUACAACAACAACAACAACUGAUAGCUGCUCGUUCCCAUUGUUUCAUAUCCUCAACACUUGCGAAGAUCACAUAAUAAUUAUAAAAUUUUCAAUACCUGGCAUAUUUUUCGUAUUAUCCAAUAUUCUAAAAUUUCACCGGCCAACGCGGCACGAUGUGCGGCUAUCAACUGACAACUUUUUUCGUUAAUGUGGUGUGGCGGUUGCCUGGGCUCUGCUUAGCUUGGAAAAUGCGCGAUUACAAUAAGAAAAACACAUAAGGCACACAGCAAUAACAUGUGACGAAUUGAACUGUUAAGCUGCAACUCCAACGCCAUGAAGCGCAGACGUAGCAUCCGAAUACCGUGGGUCGUUGUUGCACCGCCGCAUACAAAAUAUCUUAACUAUAAUUAUACAAUAUAUCAAAAUUUUAGCUUCAAUCUAGUCGCCUUGCUGCAACACAUGCUGUUAUUAUGGCUGAUCAUGGCCGCAGUGAUGCUGGAGAGCGUGCAAGCCGAAGGUUGUCCGCCCUCCGAGGCCAUACUGCCAUGCCGUUGUUCGCUGCGCGGCAAAGAAAUACAAAUAUGGUGCUCACACAGCAAUUUGCCGCAAAUAAUGGACGGCAUUAAGGCGGUGGAACGCAACAUUAAGAGUCCUAUCGAUGAGCUGGUGCUGGAAAAUAACCAACUGCCCGCACUACCCGGUCGCUUUUUUGGCACCUUACAAAUAGUGCGUCUAAUGCUGCGCUAUAACAGCAUUGAACGCGUCUCUAACGGUUGGCUGAAUGAGAUGGAAAACCAUUUGGUGGAAGUGUACAUUGUGGAGCCACAACUGCGCAGCAUACCGGUAGAGAGCUUGAAUGGCAUGAUCAAUAUGAUCGCCAUCACCAUACAAUCCGAUGAACUAAAACACUUGCCAGACUUCUCGGGUCUGCUUAGUCUCACCUAUUUGAGCGUGCAGAGUAAAUCGCUGACCGAAUUGCAGUCGCAUUGGUUUCGUCAUUUGCCGAAGCUACAAAAUGUGCAUAUAAAUGGUGGGCCGCAUUUAAUACGUCUCGAGACCGGCACAUUCAAUGGCUUGAUCUCGCUAAAAAAUAUCGAUCUUAGUCGCAACGCACUCAACUGGUUGCAUUUGCGCGCGCUCAGCCGUUUGCCGAACCUCGUGAGUCUAAAGAUGUCCUACAACGAAAUUAGCGACGUGGGCAUGAUGGGCAGAAUUGUCAAGGAUUUGGAAAAUCUGAAGAAAUUACGUUUGGAUCAUAAUAUUAUCAAUAUUGUGGAGGACGGUUCGUUCGUAGAUCUACCACACCUAACAGAGCUGCAUUUGAAUGACAACCGUAUCACCGAGAUAGAAUAUGGCGCCUUCCUACGCACACCAAUGCUAAAGACAAUCUAUCUGCAUAAUAAUCACAUACGUCGCAUACAUCCCGAAUCAUUUCUGCAAGCUUCCGGCAGCGGUGUAGAGACGAUUUAUGCGUAUAACAACGAAAUCGAGCAGGUCGGUGAGCUGCGUUCCUUGCUCGACGCGCUGCCUUCACUCAAAUUUCUCGACAUGAGCAACAACUAUCUUACUGAUAUACCAUUUGGCGCCUUACGCGGUCACGGCACACUCGAACAACUCCAUUUGAACAACAAUCUGCUGCGUACACUCGAACAUGAUGCGCUAAUGGCAAUGCCGGCUUUGCGCGAGCUACGCAUGCGCAACAACAGCUUAACCAACGAACUGCCAAUGCCGUUUUGGAACUUACCCGGUCUCAAGGGUCUGGAUUUGGCGGCAAACAACUUUCGCACGGUCGAUUCACAUCUAUUAGCUGGCUUGCCAUCGUUGCGACGACUCGAUCUAAGCGAAAAUGGUUUGGUAAAGUUGGAUGCCAAAACCUUCAUACACAAUCCCAUGCUGGAAACCUUAAAUAUUUCCUAUAAUGAACUAUCCAGCAUACAUCCCUCAACACUUCGUAAUUUGAAUCGUCUCUUCGAGGUGGAUGCAAGCUAUAACCUGCUGUCUGAUAUCAUACCUGGACUGCCAAAGAUAGUCGAGCGCGUCUCCAUGCGCGGUAAUGCCAUUGCCACACUACCGUUCUCCAUCGGCAAAUCACUGAGCUUGCCUAACUUACGUAUGCUGGAUCUAAGCGUGAAUCGCUUGGAACAGUUACCGAAGUACAGUUUCCAGGGUAUGCCACAGCUGCGCGUGCUCAGCUUGGCUAAUAAUCGGUUGCGCUCAUUGGACGACACCGCUUUCAUGGGUGCUACGCGCUUGGAACUUUUACACUUACAAGACAACGGCUUGUCACACCUGGAUGAGCGUACAUUUUUGCCGCUUGCCGAGCUGCGUAAUCUUAACUUACAAGGCAAUAAGCUGGAAAGCGUUACCGACAAUUUAUUUUCAAACAAUUCACGCUUGGAGCAACUCGAUUUGUCUCGCAACAUAAUACGCACUAUAGCGCCCUCCGCAUUUGAGGCUCAGCGCUCGCUAGAGUACCUCGAUUUGUCGAGCAAUGCGUUGUCCGAUAUGUCGGUUAGCCUAUCCAGUCUCGUUAACUUGCAUGACAUAGACCUGAGUUACAACCAGAUUACACGCGUGCAUGCAGAUGUGGUGUCUUCAUGGCGCAAUGUCGUAGAAAUACGUCUGGCCAAUAACCUGAUUGUCGAGCUGAAGCAUGGCACUUUUCGCAAUUUGCCAAAACUACAGUAUUUGGAUUUGUCCAGCAAUGAAAUCAGUUCGGUUGAGCCGGGUGCUUUGAAACACCUGCCAGAUCUACAAGAAUUCGUUUUGGCAGACAACAAAUUGGUGGAGUUGAAGGAUCACGUCUUCGAAGAUCUACCAAACUUGCUGGCCUCACAUUUCCAAUACAAUACAUUGCGGUACAUAUCACCAGACAGUUUCUUUAACUCGCCCUCCAUGGUCUUCUUGAAUUUGUCUAACAAUAACUUUCACAACAUGGAAAAUAUUGGACUGCGUGCAAUGCGCAACCUAGAGGUCUUAGAUCUGUCUACCAACGGUGUGCGCAUGGUCAAUACGAUGCCACUGAAGUCGUUAAACUGGUUAGUCGAACUGAAGAUGGACAACAAUCGCAUUUGCAAAAUACAAGGCGGUCCAUUCGAAACCAUGCCACGCCUGCGCGUGCUUUCAAUGCGCAACAACCAACUGCGCACCAUCAAAGAGCGCACUUUCCGAAAUUUACGCGGCAAUAUUGCUAUUCUGGAUGUGGACGGCAACCCCAUAAAUUGCUCCUGUGAAAUGCAGUGGCUCUCUGUGUGGCUGCAGGAGACGAACUUCCCAUAUCCCGGUCCGAAAUGUCAAGAUGGACGACUGCUGCGCGCCUCACGCAUGGAUCGCAGCCUCUGUGCCGGUUUCGAUGACACCAAUCAGCGCGGUGGCUCGGCAAGCGAUAGCAGCUUCAGCAGCGAUAAUGCCAAUCAUUUGCCGCUGCUCAAUGAGCACGGUGAUAUUUUCCAACGCGAUUUGCAAGAGGAGUUCAGCGAUGAAUGUGAGCUGUAUGACAUAUCGCCCGGUGAGCGGCCUUUGGCUGGCGAAAGUGAAUACUUUUACGAUCAGUACGUCGACUAUACACCAUCGAACGAGACGAACUCAUAUGUUAGCACAGAUGCGCCGAUAUCGCACACGCAUACAGCUAGUAAUUCAGUGUUAAGCACACAGAAGAAACCGCCAAUUAGCGCCAACAUUGAUCUGAACAACACCAUACUGCAUACGAACUACUUUAAAAGACAGCCACAGCCAGCGGGCACGCAAACCAGUUCACCCUUCACAUUCUUUGGAUAUCCUAUACCGUCGCUGAGUUUGGGACGCUUCUUCGGCGCUGGACAGCGUGGACGCAAAGAUCGUGGCGAGAAGGCGAGCACUGCAUCGUCUAUGCAAAACACGGCAAGCUCCACGGAAAGCGGUUUGGCGCCAUUGUCAGCCACACAUCGCAUGCAUACGCCGCACGGUAAAGUGCGCAUGUAUCAACCGAACAGCGCCGAAUUUGAAAAGUAUCUCAAUCCACCGGAUACGCAGUAUCCCGACGUGUCGGCUAGAAAUCGGCAAACUACCACGAUAGCCGCCAGCGCGGACUCCAGCUCCGAUGAGACGACAAGCAGUGAGACCCCAAUCAGCGUGUUUAAAACUGCCUUUCGUGAGCCAACGAGUGUAGAGCGUGGUGGCUUUCGUCCAAUAAUGCCGGAGCAUGUGGGCGGUUUUAUGCCCGUGCACGAUCCGUCAAAGCGGCGUGGCGUAGUGGAACCUAUACCGACACCUACCAAAUAUGCAACGAAGUACACGGAACGUGAUUACAUACCAAUGAUACCGGUACUCGCGUCUAAUAACCCUAGACAAGCCAACCGGUUGCACAAUUUAAGACCCACAACUACGCCCUUGCCCACCACGGCGUUAACAACUGCCGAGCCCGCCAGUGAAGAGUUUGAGUCGCAAACUUACUAUGUAACCGAGAAUCCAACAGAGCACACGACGCCAGCACGUCGCAUAACGCCACCUUACGUGGCAACAACUACACCAACUACACCAACAACCCAAAUAACUAUAAUGGACCCAACAACAACUACAACCAGCACCACACGCUAUUUGCCACGCACCACCGCGACCAUAGCCACAACACCGACACCUUUCCACACGACAACAGCACCAACGAGCAUAACAACAACAACAACUACUUCUACUACAACGUAUACAACCACUGCCAGCCACACGUCUACAUACAAUAUGGGCGAUAGUGACACUUUCGACACCGGCGAGUUCUACGACGACUUGGAGGCACAAUCUGUGAGCAUGCUCAAGCCGCCCCCGCUUCUACAAACUACGACAGCGGAGACCAUAUUGUUAAUACCACCGCCGGAGGAGCAUGUCGAGCAAAUUAAACGUCACUCUUGGGUAAUGAAAACGACAACUACAACAACGCAGGACACACCAACUAACAGUUACAAUGAUGCAGCCGGUAGCGGUAGUGGCAGCCUCGUAAGCGCCGAGCCGCCCACCACGCCACUAACUGCCGCCAAUGCUUCUCCGCGUCAACCACGUCCAACUGGUGGUCGUUCCAUAAUCACCAAAGUACAAACACCACAAACACUAAAUCAAUACCUACCCACGGCGGAGGAGUACCAUCGCACAACGCCACACGCGCACAGCGGCAACGCUUACCUCGAUCCAAGCGCAUUUGGCGAUCAGCAGGACCUGCUGCAACAGCAAUUAUUAACAGCUGCACAUAAAGGCGACUUUAAUGGUGCCGAACCGUUGGAUGCGGAAUCAGUAGAUACUGCGGCCACCGCUUAUCAGCAGUUAGAGCGUACGGAACGUAAGGACGGCAUGGAUUGGUACUACGAAAGCUUUAAGAAACCACGUGCCGAUACAGCAGCUGGCAGUAGCUUGCGCAGCAGCGCGGAUUUCAUGGCGAACGCCGGCGCAGACGGCAUUAAAUUGACGUACUUGGGUUAUGAAGGCAGUGCGUGCAACUUCAUGCUUCUAUUAAGUUUUUUAGUAUUAUUUUCCUGAAAGGUAUUUAUUUUCCAUUAUUUUUAACGAUUUUCUUAUAUCGGAAAGUGUUUAUAGUUAUGCAAGCCUAUUGCAGUAGUAUUGUAAAGAAAAGUUGUUACUUUAUCUGUGUACCUAAUACUCAUGCAAAAACUUUAUGAAA